UUAAAUUUAGCCAGUCGAAAUCGUGAUGUCAAAGAAGCCGUACCGUGGCCGGCCCGAUGUUUACAUUCGCGAGAACGAUGUUUUUUCCUCGUAAAGUUUACAACGAGUUAUUUUUAUGAGGGACGGUUCAGAAAUGCUCUUCGAUUUUCUCGUGGGUUAAGAAUUUAAGUGAGUUGUGCUGCGGUCUGGCGGUGCGUGCGCGCGGUUUCCGAACGCCUUUUAAACGCAACCUCCAAAGUUUUCUCUGACAUUUUCGUGCGAUUGUUUUGUUUGUGUGGUGGUGACUAGUUUCUCCAGUGUUUUUUUUAUUAUUUAUAUUUUCAUCAGCUGUUUCAUUUAUUUAUUGGAAUCGGUGUUUCUGUCUUCAGUGCGAGCUGGUCAUUAAACAUCAAGGUGGUGGUGUCGCUGCUCGCCAUGUCGGGCAUGUCGGGCGCCAGCAGCAUGCUGCGCACGCGCCGCAAGGAUGUCAACCUCAAGCCCAAUCGCAAGUUGGACCGCAAGUCGUCGCGGGGCAUGCUGUAUGAGAACGAGGAGCUCAGGCUGAGGACCAUCAACAUCAACGCGGAAGUCGAGCGAGGUCAGUCAGACAUCAAGAAGCUCAAGCGUGAGAACGAGCAGCUAAAACGCGAGAUCAGCGCGCUGCGCUACGAGUACGAGCGGCUGGACUGUCUGCUGCGCGACCGACCCGACCACGAUGACGACAGCUCGAGCGAGUGCCCGGAGUGCGCGGAUGCCGCGUCUGCCAGGAGCGGCGGCUUCACCGACCUCAGCGUCGUGCCUGAAGGGGACGAGGGGACCAGGAGCGGCGCGGAGUCCCCCUGCACUUGCGAAGACUGUCAUCCUCAAGAACCGAAGAGCCGCACGCGACCCGCCGACCAGCCACCAGCCAACAAUGGCGCCUCCGUGACGCAAACACAACCCAAAAGGACACCGCCUAAUACAGACAACAAUACCGGCGAACGCACCGUCGACGUAUUAGUCCACGAUGCCCCACAUACUCCCAGGUUCUUCGAAUCCGUCACCUCCGCCCCCCACCACACCCGCACCCCGCCCCCGCCUCCCGGAUUCAUCCUCUCCCCGUAUCAGACUCCAAGGUUCCACACUGGAGGUAAUGUCGAAGAUCUUCUAGGCGACGUCCAGGGUACUCCAGUACAAACUACCUUCAUCCAACAGAAUUCCGUCUUUAUGUGCAACACGAAAAGGGUCAUCCAGCAGCAGUGCUGCUGUCAGCAACAGAGCAGAGAAACACCAGUGAUACAGGUCAAUGGAACGGAGCAGAAGCCAAAAUGCUACGUCACGGAAAAGAAUAUCGAAUUGACGUAUGACUAUCCACGGUCAACACCAGUAAACACCCCUAGUCCUAAGUCUGAAGAGCACAACACAACUACAACAGAAGUAGCAAGCACAGUCGUCUUUGUCGAAAGACGAAUACCCGUGCGGCCGAGAAAGUUCGAUUUCUUCUUCAGAUCCCGAUCAGCGCCAGUCGGAGACAACGAGGAACCAAUCUACGCCACCGUCAACAAACUGCCAAAGAGGUUACGGAGGAUGGAACUGGCCAAUUUAGAGAAAGAGGUCGCAUACAAAUCUGGCGAGCAAGACUCUUCGACCCGCACAGAAGUCACUUUAAAAACCGAUUCAGAAUCCCAAGCGGCGCAUCCAGAUGACGAUACGAGUCCCUCAGAAAGGGAGAAGUCAGUUGUUCCACAAAGGCCAGAGUCCCCUAAAGCGAAGAAGCGGAAAAGGUUCUCCUUGACCUUCAAAAAGAGAGAGAGAAAAAGAAGGGAGAAGAAGAAAGAGGUGACGAAGAAUGGGGCUGUCAAGAAUGGGGGUCCGAUGCAUGCGGAGACAGACAGUGUGAGGCUGAUCGAUGUCCCAGAGACCCCUGCUGACAAGCACAAGCACUGCGCCAGACACAAGCCCAGGAAUACGUUGUCUUCAUCCAGCUCUGGCCCGCGGUAUAAGCGGGAUAGUUAUCAGGAGAUGACGACGUCCCACUCAGAGCACGAGCACAGCAGCAUCUGUUCCUCCAUCAACUCGCUGCAGUCCGCCUGCACUCACGCGAGGAAGCUGUCGGCGCCGCCCAACGACGGCUCCAUACCGUGGUGCGGGUGCUGGGGCGCCGGAUGCGUGUGAGCUGGUCAGAAGAUGCUAAA